CGCCACUGCGCCUGCGCUCCCGGGACGUAGAUGCGCGUACGCCGUCAGGAAGGACGCGGUUCUUGAGCGGACUGAGACCAGCUCUACCUUGUCUCCAAGCCACAGCCCCUCUGGAGGUCUGGAUAAGCAGUGAGGAACUGAGGUGGAACCUUCGAGAAGACAUUGCUGUUGGCCCUGGGCAGACGUCAGCAUCUCUUCCUGACUGCUCUACGCAGACCACCUCUGGAAGCACCGUGGCUCACCGUUCCUAGAUCUGCUUCAUGCUUCGGGUGUCUCCAACAUGUCCAGCCCACUGCAGUUUUUAAGCCAUUCGGAUCCAGGAAGGCUUGCUACAGGCCAAACCAAAGAGCCCCGUGAGGCUAAGCCAUCAGAAGCCAGGCAUCAGCCAGCUCCUACGGCUCAGAAAAAUCCCCCGGGGGUUCCCAGCAGGAACCCAAACAUGUAUAAUAAAAGGGCAGCUGACCCAGCUCGUCCUGAACUUGCUGGCUUGUUGGUGAAAAACAAGAAUCUUUUAGCUGAGCUAAGGAAUCUUCAAAACAAACUCUUCGCGAAAGAAACUUCAUUGCGGGAGAUGCAGAGCGAGCUGGAAAGUUACAGAGAAAAUAACCUGCAGCAGACGUUCCAGAUAAUGUCCCUGAAGGAGGACAUCAAGGACCUGCAGGAACUCAUUGCUUCUCUAUCCAGAAUUAAGUCUUUGAAAAACACCAACAUUCAGAGCCUUGAGAGAGGCAACUGGGACCUGACUGAACGCAUUAUAGGACUGGAAAACUCUCUAAGGAUCCAUCUGGUUGAAAGAGAAAAAGCAGAGCGAAAAGCUGACCUCUUGGAGAAAAAGUUAUCGUUAUCCGAUGCCAGCAGAUUCACCCCCUAUCUGAAUACGAAAGGACAAGAAGAUUCCUUGGAUAUUUUCGCAGUGAAGGACAAGGGUGAAGCUCCCCUGGCCAAGAACUUUGAGAGGGACAUCUUCCACUCUGAAGGACCAAAAGACGGGCAGAAAAUCUGGGAAAAAUGCCAGCAAGAUUUGAUCCACAAAGAAAAGCAAACACCCGAGUCAGACAGCCGUCCGGGUCUGUGUGCCAGGGGCACCGACGCGGGGCAGUCCCAGUACCAGCAGCUGCUGAGCCAGCUGGCCACUCUGCUGAGUGACAGCGUCGGCCCCAUAGCGGCCACGGAGGACGCGGUGAAGGAGCGCAUUCAGGAGAUCGGAGCCAACGAGCAGUCCUGGAAAUCCAGAACGGAAGACCUUCAGCAGGAGAUCCAGCUGCUCACGAAGCAGCUGGCGCAGCUGCACCCUCUCGGUGAAGACGCGGCUCAGGAGCCAUCCCCCAGGGAGGAGAGUUACUGGGAGCAGAAAAGACCCCUGAGACGCCUGGAAGGAAGCAUUGCUAUCGAUGACUUUUUCCAGAGGAAAUUGGACUCGGACAGGAAGAAAGAAAACCCCAUGGGUAAGAAUUCCCAGAGAGAUGAGCAUGGCAAGAAGUUCAGACAGCUAGAGGAGGACUACAAACAACAAAUGCUGUUGACGAUUCGGCAGAAUUUGCAGAUUGCUACGACCCAAAAAUUGGAGGAGAAAAUUCAGAAACUUCAGAAACAGCUCAGUGAUUUGAAAUUGUCAAAUAAAAAUAUGAAAACUCAGCUGACAAGAGUAAAUGCCCUUAAAGACAAAACAAUCGAAAGGCUCCGCCAAUCCUUAACAAAAGUUGAAACCAUGAAAGGGAAGGCAGUCAGGAAAACAGAGAGCGUGAAAACUGCAUUAGAGCCUGCGGAGCAAGAAGCGAGAGCAGACCCAGAGAGAGCCCGUCCCAUGUCAGACAGCGUCGCUGCCCAGCUCUCCGCAGCAAAGAGCUCCCUGGACGAUGUCUCAGGACGGGAGCGAGAGCUUGUCGACUUUCGAGAAACUAUUAUGAAGAUGUUGGGGUUUAACAUGAAAACAGCAAAUAAGGAAAUCAUCAAUCAGCUGAAGCUUAUUAUUCAGAUUUAUGAAAUAUCUAACAAGCCGAAGACUGCGCCUGACGGUGACUCUGGACAGGAAAAGGAAUGAGGAAGUUCUGCCUCUCCCGUGAUACCAAGAAGAACUCAGAAGACGUAGGUGAGCCCUCCAACCCCUUGAA